GCUCGCAGAAACUCAAAGUUGAGCACGAGAAGGAAAACUUCUUUUCAGUUGUAAAAGUAAACUGUAUGUUGCCGGUUUUUUCUUGAGACACAAUUUUCACAGAAGGCAGAACUAAAUGGAUUAUAAAAGAUGAGUCACAUGUUUUUCCUGAGGACACUGGAAGACUCUUGACAUAACUUCGACCCAGCUUCAGUGAUUUUACCCCAACAUUCCAAACAUGGCUGCGUAUGCCCUUGUCAGGGAGAACUUAAAGUUUGGGUCCCUCUUCUUCAAAAGUAAAGAUGUGAUGAUCUUUAAUGGUAUGAUUGCUCUGGGCACUGUGGCAAGCCAGACAGCGUACAAUGUUUUCGCCUUUGAUUGUCCAUGUUCCCCUGGGAGGAAUUACUACUAUGGCAUUGCUGCCAUUGGUGCUCCAGCUUUGGCCUUGUUCAUUGUUGGAGUCAUGUUGAACAAGAGAACUUGGGACCUAGUAUCAGAGUGUCGCCUUAGGAGGUUCCGGAAACUGUCAGCAGCAGCAGCAUUUGCAGUAUUGGGAAGUAUUGUUGGUCGUGCCGUGGUGGCACCUCUGACAUGGACUGUUAUAUCCCUUCUGCAGGGUCUGGCUUACACAUGUGCCUUAAGUGAGUUUACUGAUCCCAGCACCGUGAAGGGCUUCCCCCCUGGUUAUAAGUCAGAGGACAUGGCAAAGUUCCCUUGCAAGGAAAGUCUUCCAACAGAGCUGCAAGGCUUUUGGGCAGAAAUUGACCGGCGUCUGAAAUAUGAGUCACAGUUGAUAGGCUGGCUCGUGGUUGCUGGAACGUCUUUGAUGGUGUUCAUGGUUAUGUGCACGAAACAUUGCUCCUCGCCCCUUGGCUACCAGCAGGAAGAAUACUGGUCCAAGUAUCGCUCCAAUGAAAAGACGCUCUUUCAUCGUACAGCCGCUGUCCAUGCCCAACUCAUGGCUGCAAAGUAUGUUAAGAGCUUCUUUGGUUUUGUGGCUUUGGAGCAGGAUGAGAAGGAACAUGUAGUGGAACACCAAGCUGCAGCCAGUCCCAUCUACAGCACGGAGUGGAACAGAGUGUCUGGUGUCUACCUUUACAGAGAGAAGAAUGGACUACCUCUAUACAGCAGACUCAAUAAAUGGGCCACAUACAGCAAGGAGAACAAUGUCGAGGCUUUCGAUAAAGAAAUGGAUGAACUUAGCAGUUUUGUUACUUAGCACUGCAAACAGAUGUUUCAUAUCAGAAUGUUGAUACCCUUGUUGACUUGUUUGUCAGACUUCGUAAAAACGUUGACUCACCCUGCUAUUGGCGACACGGUGGACGACUGCCUUACAGUUCUGAGGACCGGGGGUCCAAACCGGCCCUGGCUCUGUGGAGUUUGCAUGUUCUCCGCGUGUCUGCGUGGGUUUUCUCCCGGUACUCCGGUUUCCUCCCACAUCUCCAAAACAUGCGUGGUAGGUUGUGUGAAGAGUUUAAAUUGCCCGUAGGUGUGAAUGUGAGAGCGAAUGGUUGUUUGUUUGUUGUGCUCUGCGAUUGGCUGGCGACCAGUUCAGGGUGUACACCUCCCUCUUGCCCGAAGAUAGCUGGGAUAGGCUCCAGCACACCCGCGACCCUAGUGAGGAGAAAAGGUACAGAAAAUGGAUGGAUGGAACCCUUCUAUUCACUUGGUUGGUUCAAUUGACCAACAUAAAGGCUGCUAAUCGCUGCAGUGUCAUUCCUACCAAGAAUGCUAUUCAGUCGCGUGCAUACAUCAACCAAUGCUCAACUGCUAACAAAAAUAGAAAAAAAUGCCGUGGGUUGUUUUGUGUUUGUCCAUCUGCUUUUUAGUUAGUGGACUAUUUACUGGUUGAUUGAGGAUGACGAACUGAAAAGCCUUUAGAUUCUUAAGAAAUGAUGCCACCAUUGAUGCCAUAUAGCGACUCAAACAGUGUGAAUGUGUAUCAUCACCUUACCAGCACUAAAAUUAAAUAAUUUCUUAAUUUGGUUUUGUGGUACCCUUCUUCGGACUUUGUGGCAAUAUGAAUGCUCUGUGUAAUCCUGCUAACUGUAUCCUACUCAAUGUUUUACUUGUCAAAGUAACUGCAGUGAAAAUGAACAAUUACCAUGACAAUCACAAAACUAAUGGUGGCAUUUUCUAAAUGUGACCUUUUAUUGACCAUAUUAGAACCAGCCUUCUGUUUAAACAAGGAAAGAAGAUCACUCCCAGAGCCAUCUCGAAAGCUGGCAUAUAACUUUCACAUGGGGGGGGGGGGGGGGGUCAGCCAGAGGCCCAACUAUUUGCAUUCAAACAUUAAAAAGUCCGUCUUAAAUAUUAUGUCCCCAUUAAAGUGGGAAUUUGGUUGUCAACCAAUCGCAGGGCACAUACAAGCAAACAACCAUUCUCACUCACAUUCACCCCUGCGGGCCAAAUUUAGAGUCUUCAAUUAAUGCAUGUUUUUGGGUUGUGGGAGGAAACUGGAGUGCCCGGAGAAAAGCCACACAGGCGGGGCCGGGGAUUGAACCCCGGUCCUCAGAACUGUGAGGCAGACGCUCUAACCAGUCGUGCACCGCGCCGCCAUUUACAGUAUAGUGUAUGUCAAAUUAAAUGUAUUUUCAAGCAGUUUGAGCAGUUGGUGGUUCACACACACGCCGAUGAAAAAUACACUGAUGUGGAAUGUGGACCUUAUAAUUUCUUUCGAAUAUAUUGACGUUGAAAUAAUAAUUUGAAGAAUGAAAACAAACAGAGAAUCAAAAAACACAAAUCUUGCAAUGCACAAAUGGGGGGGGAAAAAUGAAUUGAUCACGGUGGUUAGGUUCCGGAGCACCCCCGCACCAGGUGAAAUCCGCAAAGUUUGCGACCACAUCUUUUUGUUAAUUAGUAUUUAUACAUAUUUUAAAGCUGUAUGAACUUCCCCAGGCUCUUAUUAAUCUUCCCCAAGCUCCUAUUAAACAUCUUACAAAUGUUUAUACAUACAGUUAUGCACAGAAGAACUGUACACUUGUACUUUUUAUUCCUUGUAAUGUGUUUUAAUGAUUGAUUGUAUUUAAUUUGUUUGUUUUUUGUACAGUUUUAAUGUUUUAGGCAAGGAAGUGUUUUACGUACCACAACAAAUAAAUAAAUAAAAUACCGCACACACUCAAAAUGCCAGGAUACGGCGAAAUAUUGAUGACGACUGUUAACAGGGCACUGUUACUUGUGGGUCGUUACUCAUUUGCCGUUAAUGCACACAGCCGAACAAAUGUAUAAUCCUACACACACCCUAUCUGUUACCAAGUGCAUCAUGAGCUUCGCUCCUCCGGCCACAGUGACGUUACAACCCCAUGCGCAAAUCAUGUGAACCGCACUGCUCUAAUAACAAUUAUACACAUAUUAAGGUACUCACAUUUAAGAGACUAACCCUCUCUUAUGUCAUUCAUUUCUCACACAUCAGACUGAUUUGCACGAUUUAAGGACACAUGCAUGGAUUGGGGAUCUUCUCUUCUUGACCCCGUGCUUGCGGUCCCGGCAUCUGUGGGCGCGGGACUUUCUUUAUUCCUUCCCAACCCCUGAGGGCGGUGGGCGGAUUACCGGGCUGGUAAAUGAGUUCCAUUUACGAAGUCGGAAAAAAAGAUGGUGCCCUCCGCGAAAGGUAUCUCCUGCUCGCCUUGUCUGCAUACGAACAACCUCUGGACAAAUAUGCAGUUCUUCUGUAACCUCCAAAGACGGUGGAUGAAGAGAAAACACACAGACUCAGAAAGUGGCCUAUUUUUUUGUUCCAGUGUAUUUCAUUGUUUACAUAAAGUAAAGUAAAAGGGCGUGUUUCCAUCAAACAACAGGAUUAGUGUUUGUCUUUGUCUCUGUGUGUUUGUGUUGCUCUCUUUCUUGGGUUAGGCGUAAAAUUUCAUUGUGUCCUAUUCUUUACUGAAAUAUGUUCUCUCUUGGCUAGAAUCAUCGCUAUGCUACAGUAUACACAGUGAACUGACGACUGCGACACAUUGGGAGAUCGUGCUGAGUGCUGAGCAUGGCGAACCAAAGCAGUUCCAUACGGUCUCUAUCUCUGCUCCCCUAUAAUCCAAUACACGGUCCCCUCCAAAAGCACUGGAACGGCAAGGUCAAUUCCUUUGUUUUUGUUGGAUACUGAAGACAUUUGGGUUUUAAAGAUUAAUAUGAGACAAAAGUUCAGAAUUCCAGCUUUUUUUCUUCUUGGUAUUUACAUCUCGAUGUGUUAAACCACGAACAGAGCACCUUUAGUUUGAACCCACCCACUUUUCACGUGAGCUCAAGUACUGGAAGACGUAAACUGAUGGGUGUUUCUCGUUGCUCAGGUGUUGCCUUUUAGAUUGGUAGCUUAAACAUUAGAGAGUGAUUGUUUUUGGCUUUGUGAAAACUGCCAAAAGUAUGGAGAAAGAAAGGAUCUGCUUAAGAUCCAAAACACAAGCUGGUCUGUGAAGCAUGGUGGAGGUGUAACGUCAUGGCUUAGGCUUGCGUGGCUGCUUCUGGAACGAGCUCACUAGUCUUUUUUGAUGAUUUAACUCAUGAUGGCAGCUUCAGAAAAAAUUCUGAAGUCUACCAAACCAUUUUGUCUGGCAAUUUACAGAAAAACGCAUCCAAACUAAUCUGGAGAAUCUUCAUCAUCCAACAAGACAGUGACCCAAAACACAAAAAAAGUGUCAGACUGGCCCGAGUCAAUCACCAGACCUUAACCCAAUAGAGCAUGCAUUUUACCUCCUGAUGAGGAGACUGAAGAGAGAAACCUCCAGGAACAAACGAGAACCGAAAGAGGCUGCAGUCAAGGCCUGGAAAAGCAUUACAAAUGAACAAUGCAACAGUCUGGUGGUCCGACUUGUUCAACACAUCUAGAUGUAAAUACCAUGAAAUAAAAGCACACACACAUUCUUAUAUACGCUAAUAGAAUAAUACACGAUUAUAUCAUUAGCAGCAGUAUCUUGGAUUUAAAAAAAAAAACAAAAAAAGAUUGACUACUACAAACAAAACAAUACCUACAUAAUAUAUGUAUAAAUGUAUGUAUUGUCCCAUAUAAUAGCAAUGCACUGCUGUCAUUAU